AUGAAAUUUUCUGUUUCUAUGAAACAGGUGUUGGUUGCUGUUUUCAGAAAUCGUAAUUUGCAAGUAAGAGCAGAGCCUAACAAACCAAAUCAUAAUGACUUCAAGUGCCUGGAUAAGGCAGCCAUAGGAGAAGAAGAGCAUGGCAGCAAAGAUCCCUGGAAAGCCUGCACAGGGAGACAAGUGGAAGAAGUGAAGCAACUAGCAAGAAUGUUACCAAUGUGGCUCACAGUGAUCAUCUACUCUGUUACUCUGGCACAAGGCGGCACAUUCUUUGUGAAACAGAGCAGCACAAUGGAUAAGAGCCUGGGGCCCCACUUUAACAUUCCCCCUGCCUCCACCCUAGCCAUAGUAAUCAUUGCCACUCUGAUUGCAGUGAGCGCAUAUGACCGACUGCUGGUUCCAAUUGCAGCAAGGAUAACCGGCACUGAACGAGGCAUAACCAUUCUUCAGAGAAUUGGGGCAGGAUUGGUGUUUAUAAUUUUGGCAAUGGUAAUAGCGGCCCUAGUGGAAACCAAGCACCUAAAAAUUGCACAAGCCCACGGUCUCAUGGACAAGCCACAGGCGGUUCCCAUAAGUGUUUUUUGGCUUGCCCUACCCAAUGUAGUGUUGGGUAUAGUAGAUGCUUUUGCUCUGGUGGGUCUGCAGGAAUUUUUCUAUUCGCAAAUACUAGACAGCAUGAGGAGCUUGGGUGUGGCCUCGAAUCUAACAGCUAACGGUAUUGGGAGCUUCGUCAGUAGUCUUUUUAUUCACAUUGUUAAUAAUGUUACCGGCAAGAUGGGUCAUAGGUGGCUAUUGGAUAAUCUCAAUACAAGUCGACUAAAUAAGUUUUACUGGUUGCUGGUUGUUUUGAAUGCUUUCAAUCUUUUGGCUUUCAUAUUCAUUGCACGAAGAUACAAGUAUAAGAGCCUCACAUAA